AUGUCGGAAAAAAUACAGGGAUAUGUGAACGAACAAGUGCUCACUGCAUCUGGUUCUGUGACUAUUACAGAUAUAGCAGAAAAGUUCAAUAUUGAUGUGUAUUCUGCGAAACGAGAACUAUACCAGUUCUAUUCCACUAAGAAGAAUACGGAUCUGAAUUAUUUAAUUAUGUGUGAGUACAGUAAUGGGAAUUUCAAGCUUGUACAGAACGGUACAGAGUUAGAUCGCGAUGGCCUCCAGGACGUAUAUGUAUACGGUAUCAGCCCUUCGAAGAACUUCUGCAUAAUAAGCUCUAUAAGAGAGCACCCUACUCUUUCAAAUCCUUGGGAAGUUGUUCGAGUAGAAGAAGAAUCAAUUCCAGUCGAGAAUAACGCACCAAGAGCUAAAUCCCACGUUGCCAAAGCAGAAGACCAAGAGAAGCGACCAAGUAAGCGAACCAGUAAUUCAUUUGCUAGUAAUACUUCAGCUAAGAAGCAACAUAUUGCUACCAAUGAAAAUACCAAGCAGGAGGACAAAUUCAGUUCUGGUCUUCGGUCAACCGCCAUCCUAGCGCGUAUGCGCGAGGAACGCGAGCGUAAAGAACGUGAGAGACAGGAUGAACUACGUAUGCGCAAGGAAAAGAGUACUAGUAUAUCCAGUGAGAAGAAGACACAGAUGGAAAAGCUUAUGAAGCUGUUUGACAGUGACGAUGACCAAAGCGACAAAAUACAGGAGCCUCAAAUAAGAACCGAGGAUGAUAUUGCGGUAAAAGACAGCCCUACCGUAGUAGAACCAGCAGAUGCGACCGAUGAUAACAAUGAUAACCUCGAUGAACUUCUUGAAACCACUGCAGACGAAUCUUUCCUAGUUUCUUCACAGCCGAUCAAUUCCGCCUCUAAUCAAACAAGUAAAACCCCAGAUUCUCCAGAAGCUACGACAUUUGUCGAUGAUGACGGCUACAUAGUCACAAAGAAAACUCAAAAUGUAUCAAUGCCUGGUGCGGUAACCAAGCAGGGCGCUGCGACUAAGGCCGCACAACAGCCAAAAGUAACUAAAAAACCUUCGAACCCACAUAAAAAGGUUCAAUCUUCCUUGGCAAGCUUCUUUAAGAAGAAGUAA